GCAGUGCUGGCCACGGCGGUGAUAGGUGAGGUUUGGCGGCUCCAAAAACAAAAUGCAGAGAGCAUCAGAGCUCUACAUGACCUGAAUAUGAAGAGACACAAGUCCGAUAUCGGCUCCCUUCACUGUCAGCCUUCAGCACUUCUCCCACAUGAUGUUUUGAGUGUUUUAUCAGUGAAGAGAAAACACAAGUGGCACGGCUUUCAGAUGCUCAGAGGAGCCACGGGCUGGGUUGAGUCUCCACGGUUCUCAUGGUGUGUUUAAGUGCAGCCCCCUGCUCCGAGCUCUUCAACAGUCCAGUCCCACUCUCGUGUUGUCGUGAAGAGGAACUAAACUUCAGGAGGAAAUGGCAGAAGUAGCUCCAGUUCAAGCCGCCCCGGCGGCCAAAGCAGCCAAGAAGAAGGUCUCUAGACCGAAGAAGACUGGCCCCAGCGUCAGAGACCUCAUCGUUAAAGCUGUGGCCGCAUCCAAGGAGCGGAGCGGCGUGUCUCUGGCCGCCGUCAAGAAGGCUCUGGUUGCCGGAGGCUACGAUGUGGACAAGAACAAGGCCCGCGUCAGGACCAACAUCAAGACCCUGGUGGCUAAUGGGACUCUGGUCCAGCUCAAGGGGACCGGGGCCUCCGGCUCCUUCAAGAUCAGCAAGCAGGCUGCAGAGAAGCCGAAGCCGGCCAAGAAAGCCGCUCCUAAAGCCAAGAAGCCCGCAGCCAAGAAACCCGCAGCGGCCAAAAAGCCCAAGACGGCAAAGAAGCCGGUAGCCGCGAAGAAAUCCCCGAAGAAGGCAAAGAAACCCGCAGCGGCCAAGAAAGCAGUCAAGAGCCCCAAGAAACCAGCCAAGAGCCCCAAGAAGGCGACUAAGGCUCUCAAGGUGACCAAGAGUCCCAAGAAGGUGGUCAAAAAGGCCCCUGCAGUCAAGAAAGCUCCCGCUAAGAAGGUUGCCAAACCCAAAGCCAAGAAAGCAGCACCCAAGAAGAAGUGAGCUGUUCUCAGUCUGAACAAACACUCCGACAAAAAGGCUCUUUUAAGAGCCAC